AUGACAUCAAGACAUCAAGCUGCACUUUCUUUCUUGCACAAUAUCUCACUGGAUGGCACUCGUAAUGAAUUUGAUACACCAAUCGUCGAUGAUGAUGAUAACCAAAACGAUCAAGAUAAUUCUUAUGUUGACUCUGUUCAACCGAGUCACGAACUAACUACCAAGAUUGAGCAAGUUAAUCAACAAUCAGACGAAAGACAGAUAAAACAGACCAUGGAUCAGAGUAAAUUAAAGGACAAGCAUCAAUUGCGCCUAAGUUAUCUAAACCCUAUCGCUCUAAGCACUACAAAAUGCCUACCGUAUGCUGUAUUCUCUGUCAUUCCAUAUUCUAAAGAUAAUGCAUUAUUAGAUACUUCUAUAAUCAGACAUCGACAAUCGAUUACUAUGAGACGUUCCUUAUCUGAUGUUACUCAAAAUCUAAUUGAACGACCGGCAAUUUCCUACAGGCUACUACUUACGCCAAAGGGUAAACAGCAAACAUUUAAAUCGUUAGAACUCAAUUUAUCAGCACGAUUUAGUAAUCAAUGGUUUCAAGAAGUGCUGGAAGAUUCUAACGGCAACAUUCAUUAUCAUCCGAAUCUUCUUGAUGAUCCAGAGCUUCGUACCGGAAAGCACAGAGUGACAUUGCGAUUACCAUCUAUGAUGUUUUCUGUCUUAGAAUAUUCUAAAGCUUCCGAUAUCAAAAAAGAUCUCAAUGAACGAUUCAAGGGAAGAUUUCCUACUAUAGAUCUGACUUUAAGUAAAUUGCGUAGUUUAAAAAGAGAGCUAUAUCAUAUUGCGGUGGAUUUAUGUUCAUUAGAAGCAAUCACUGUGGCAUACGCUUACGUUUAUUUUGAAAAACUAAUAUUGAAGGGAAAAAUUAACAAACCCAACAGAAAGUUAAUUUCUGGUGCAACGUUAUUACUAGCUAUUAAAAUGACAGCUGACAUUAAGCAAACGGAGUUAACAGAAGUUAUUGAUCAAUUACAAGAUAGCUUACGAAUUAAUCGUAAAGAUUUAAUUGUGUAUGAAUUUGAUUGUUUAGUAGCUUUGGAAUUUUCUUUGGCAGUCCCUCAAUCUAUCAUUGCAGUACAUUACCAGCGAAUAAUACAUGAAAAUUCAUAG